AUCUAGUUAAACGGAUGUUAGAGAACUCGACUUCGAGUUUACCCGAAAACUCCAUUCAACAGCGGAGGCACGCAGAGGAGGAUGGUGGUAAGCCUGUCUCUGAUGGACACCAAGACGAAGACGUUGACCGGAAUGUCACCGGUGGCCGGUGGCCUCCAGAAGAGACUAAAGCUUUGCUCCAGAUAAGGUCUGACAUGGACGCUGAUUUCAGGGAUACCUUACCCAAAGUUCAUCUUUGGCAACAAGUUUCCAGGAGAUUACGGGGGCUAGGAUAUAAUAGGAGUGCUAAGAAGUGCCAGGAGAAGUUUGAAAACGUGUACAAGUACUACAGAAGGACCAAGGAAGGUCGUUAUGGCCCCAACGGCAAGACUUACCGAUUCUUUGAGCUUUUAGAGCCUCUUAUGAACUCUCCUUACCCUGAAAAGGAUGAAGAACAAGCGAGAAAUACAAACAGGCGGAAAACAUAUAGCCACAACACUACCCCAAUGGAUUUGUCCAAUGUUAUUCAAGAUUCAUUCCCAUUUUCCAUUCGGUUCUCUAGUGCCCCCUCUAGUUCAACUACUCCCUCUUCGAGCGAAGAAUCAGAGGAAGACAUUCGAAAGAAGAAAAGGAAACUGACGAAGUGUUGGGGGUUGAUGAACAAAGUACUAGAGAGGCAAGUGGAGCUACAGAAGAACUUUAUGGAGGUUUUAGUCAAAUGCGAACAAGAGAGAAUGGCAAGAGAGGAAGCAUGGAAGAUGCAGGAAUUAGCUAGGAUUAAGAGGGAACGAGAGCUUUUAGCUCAGGAAAGAUCAAUUGCUGCGGCAAAAGAUGCAGCAGUGCUUGCCCUUCUGAGUAAGUUCACAGGACAAACGGGGACCAUAGAAUUACCUGAGAAUCUACUUCCUAACGAUUUAGAUAAGGACGAGCAAGAAAAUGAUAAUGCAGGCAGUAGUGUUCUUGAAAAGCAAGAAUGUAGAAAUGGUGGGAAUUUCACACUGACGAGUCCAUCUUCCUCUAGAUGGCCCAAAGAUGAAGUGGAAGCUUUCAUUAGAUUGAGGACAAACUUGGAUGUGGAGAAUGAAGGAAAUGGGCUUAAAGGGUCUAAUCCUAUAUGGGAGGAGAUAUCUUGUGCAAUGAAGAAACUUGGGUACGAUCGGAGUGCCAGGAGAUGCAAGGAGAAAUGGGAGAAUAUGAACAAAUACUUCAAGAGGAUGAAGAAAAAACCAGAAAAAGCCUCAGAGUCAGAGUCUAAAACAUGUCCUUAUUUUCAUCAGUUGGAUGCUCUGUAUAAUAGUGAAAGGCCUAAUGAGAAGUUGGAGGAUUCAGCCAGUUCU